AUGUCAUCAUUAUCCGAUGCAAGCCUCAUUGUUGCGUUGAACAAUGCUUCAAUUCAACUAAAUCGUUACUUUGGAAUUUUCAUCUUUCUCUUUGGUAUUGUGGGUAAUACUCUCAAUGCAUGUGUUUUAUCGCAAGGAGCUCUCCGUUCAAAUCCAUGUGCAUGGCUCUUUUUUGCUUCGUCAAUUGCUAAUGGUAUUGGUAUUCUUGCUGGUCUUACUUCUCGACCGUUAUCAACUUGGUCUGCAGAUCUAACAAAUACAAAUCGAUUUCUUUGCAAACUUCGUGCCUUUCUUCUAUUCAAUGCAAUGACUAUUGGCUCUUGGCUUAUCCUGUUGGCUACGGUUGAUCGAUGGCUUUCAUCACACACCAAUGCUAAUCGACGAAAAACAAGUACCUUGAAGAAUGCUCAACUCGGUACAAUACUGAUUCUCAUCGUUUCAACUAUUAUUGAAGCACAACAAUUCUAUUGCUUUGAAGCCAAUCUUACCAAUACACCACUUAAAUGUUAUACACAAACACAGCUGUGCGGCAUUGUAUCGGACCUAUUCUUUGCUCUAAUUACAAUCCUAGUUCCAUUGAUAUUGAUGAUUAUUUUUGGUUUUCUGACCGUCUCGAAUGUACGUAAAUCGAGAUUUCGUUUGCAUCCAACGACGAGGACGAUGGAUAUUCGUUUGGGUCAAAUCACAACAAAGAACAACACUGGAAAUACGACUCGACGAAAGAAAAUAGAUCGUCCUUUUAUGAUAAUGCUGUUUGCUCAAGUUUUUCUCAUCUUUCUACUUACUUUUCCUAUGGCUAUUGGUAAACUCUAUACAACCGUAACUCGAUCGAUGCUCAAGUCUCAAUUGCAAAUAACUAUUGAAAGUUUUAUCUUUAAUUUGUUUCUUUUGUUUGUGUAUAUGUCUUGUGGAAUGCCAUUUUAUAUUUAUACAUUAAGUGGAGGAAGUGUAUUUCGUAAGGCUCUCUUCAGUUUUCUGAAAACAUUAGGCCGAAAGAUGAUGUGUCGACGUGGUUGA